AUGAAAGGUAAACUGGCAGCUUCCUGAAAAAGCGGACGAUGUCCGCUUUCGAUGAGUAAUCGUUCGUCUCCGUAAAGUAAAGAAAAAGCGGCGCAAAAACGUGUAAUUUUUGUUGAGGACUUUUUCUCUCCGAAGGAGUGCGUGUCAAGAAGUCCAGUCAAUGUUAUUCCUUUGGUUAUCAAAAUAAUGUCAUAACUGGUUCGGGGUCUUGUUUUCUGCCCGCCAAAUAUGCAUAAUCCUGACGCCAACAUACAAGAUUCCCGAAAAAUCUUUGAAGUAUGCCGCCUCUCCUUUCUUCUGAUUCACGAAGCGCUUUCUUUCGAAACUCUUCCCCUAAUUGUCGGCCUAUUAAUGUUGCAAUUCUGUUUGCUCUCCUCCUCUUAAACCGUUCAAUGAGGUCACUCAAAAACAGUGAUAAGGUCGUUUUGUUUCGUCCGUUUUCUCCCACCCACCCGGAGACAUUUUCUUUUUCCAGCUGUUCCACGUCGGCCGAUCGGCAUGGCGCGGAAACGACCAAACUCGAAGAAGAACCAGAAGAAGGGCGAUUCGGGAGCCGCCAAAAAUGCGGCGAGUCCGUCGACUUCAGAUGUGAGCCGGCCGACGAGCCGAAUGAGCAACGCGUCGGAUGUGGAGAACGCUGGCGCGCGGACGACGAAGCAGCCGGUGCAGCGCACGAAAGGCGUGUUCGGAAGCAAGUCUUCGCAGAUGAACGUUUGCGGAAUCGGAAACGCAAAGAAAGAACUUAUUUCACAACAGGUCAUUCUUUCGUUCAUCUCGGGUUAUCAGGAAUGCACACGAGUUUUUGGCGCAAAAUUAAAAGAACAAACACCGUUGAUGUCAUGUUUCACACGCAUUCCGCAUAUUUUCAGGCAAAGGAGCGAUGCGUCGACGUGCCGCCAACUUCUUCAAUUUCAUCGAGUCGCCUCGACGACACCGACGUUCACAUUCGACAAAUGAUCGACGAAUUCAGGUGCGUGCACAUUUCUCAACUUAUUUUCGCUCAUGAAUGAGUUGGUUUCAGAGACGUGACGGGUGGCGAUGAGGUGCGACUCAAAGCCAUCGCCGACAUUAAUUUUAUGAUUGGCAGCACGUGCUCGUUCCUUCAGAGGUUCUCGAUUCGCAACAAACUCUACUGUACGUACUGGUUCUUUUCGUUCUGUGGAAACUUGAUUUUCAGCGUACGGACUGUUGGCGGCACUCGCUGCGCACGCGGAUCGUUCUCCGGAGAGCAAAGCGAUCGACGCGGAAGUGGAAGCGUAUCUGCAUUCGGAGCGGAAAGACGCCAGACUGAUGGGAUUGGCGACCGACGAACGAAAUCCGAUUGAAGCGCUCGCGAAAGUGCUGAAUAAGACGAGCGACGAGGAGUGGAAGGAAGUGGUGAGUGAGAAAAGGGAAAACGUUUUCUGGAGGUAUGGGGAAUUGAACCCCAGCCCUCUCCCAUGCUAAGGGAGCGCUCUACCACUGAGCUAUACCCCCGCAAGGAUCCUUCGGAAGAGAGGCGAAUGAUAUGAAGGGGAAAAAGGGCGAGAGGAGCGAUGUGGCGCGGAGGCACAGACUGAAGAAAGGGCAACGCGCUGUUGCAGGGCGAAAUGCGACCGAAUGACGAUUUGUUCCUUGUUUUCAGGUCAAUCUGCUCGAUUCCCUGUAUCAAUCCGCCGACAUUGUGGAAUUCAUCGCCAGAUCAGCUGUGCCUGUACUCGACAAGACGGAAACGAGAGAUUCGGAAGUGCAGACGGAAGCAGUGCUUCAGAAAAGACAACAGAGAGAUGCGAGCAGACGAGGACCGUCUUUGAACCUGUCGACGACGAUCCACGACAUUCCGGAAGAGUCGGCAGUGUUCUGCGACUACUCCACGUCGGACGACGAAGGAAAGACGAGCUCGUCGGAUCCGAGCACUCCGGACGCCAUCGACGGAUACUUGAAGAAGUGGGCGACCGCUGUGGACUUGCCGUCGGAGAGCAAAUUAGACGGCAAUGAGAAAUUCUUCCGUUCCAACGGUUCCACUUCCACGUUCUCCUCGGACUUCGAGGAUGAGGCAUCGGUUCUUCACAACAACGACACUUUGCCAGUUAUCACGGAAGUGCUUGACUCGUCGGAACAAUCGGAUUGCAGCGAGUUGGAGACUGGAUUGGAACCGUCUCUCCCGUUGAACUCGCCACAAAAGACUGCACUUCCGCUCAUGGAGACGUCUUCUUCGUCCACCUCGUCCAGUGUCGAUUUGGGAUUCAGUGAGAUCAUGACGAUAAGUUUCGAAGUCGUUGAGCCAGUGGAAGUGAAACCGUCCGGAAUCGCGCCCAUCAACAGAAACGUUCCACCGCCUCCUCCACCGCCUCCGCUGCCACCUUCGAUGGUGUCUUCAAGCAUACCGCCGAUCAACGGAAGUGCUCCACCGCCUCCGCCUAUGGGGAUCCCGAAUCUUCCGCCAAUAAGCGCUACUGCACCUCCUCCUCCGCCGCCACCGCCUUCGAUGAAUGGUCCCGGACUGGCGCCAAUGUCGUCGUCAGCUCCUCCACCCCCGCCACCGCCACCGCCGCCAAUGAUGUCGAAAGGAGGAGGACCUCCGCCGCCACCACCGCUUCCGCUCGACUUGUUGAGAGGAGCAGCAGCCGGACUGAAAGCAGUUCCGGGAGGACCUCCCCCUCCGCCACCGCCGCCUCCAUCGUUUCUGUUCAACGGAAGUGUGCCGAGUCCGGGCACUUUGACGUCGCCGGUUCUGUCUCCAGGAGUCGUCAAAUCGGCUGUCGUCUAUCGGAAACAGAAGAAAACGGUGCUGGUUCGAUGGCCAAAACUGAAUCCGAUGCAAAUACAGCACGCCGGAACCGUUUUCAAUGAUUCGCUCUGCGUCGAUUUCAACGAAGAAGAGCGUUCGAAGGUGGGAAUUGACGAAGUUGAGAUGUCGCGAAAGUGAGUUUUCAGAUGGAGGAGAUAUUCGAAGAGGCGCCGAUGAAGCAGUUGAAUCGGGGUAUCGGAGGAUCGGUUGGCCGCGCGUUCGGAAAGUCAUUGAGAGCGACGCCGUCCGCUUCGGACAUCAGUACCAACUCGGCCAGAUCCCCAUCGAAUCCGCAAGUUCUCGUGUCUCCGAAAGCGCUCACUAUUGAGAUUCUCAUCAAAAAGUGAGUUGAUCAUUGAAAAGAGCCGUCUCAAUUGUUCAUUCACAUUCAGGUUGAAGCCACUCGACUUCACAGAGCUGAUUGAGAAAUUGGAGACGAACGAUACGGAAGGCAUCAAGGUUGAUCUUAUGACGACGUUGAACAACAACUUUCCCGACAAGGACGAGCUGGAUCCGUUCCUCAAAGUCGAGUACCGUACUCUGACGCACGCGAGCGACCAGUUCUGCUGGCACAUUGCUCGGAACAAACACCUCCGUCUCCGCAUCGAACUGUUCAUCACAAAGGAGAAUGUGACUGCUGAGGUACAGUUCAACCCACUUGGCUGUUUUCAAUAAAGUUGUAAUUUGUUCAGAUUGGAAAGUUCCAGUCGCAAAUCGAACUGCUCCUGUCGGGAUGUCAAAUGGCGCGCGGAGAAGUGGUGCAGAUGCUGCUGCGAAAGUGUCUGCAGUACGGAAACUACCUGAAUCAAGGAUCAAUGUUCGCCGAGGCGGCUGGAUUCCAACUGAGCUACCUGCUCACUCUUCUCCAACUCAAAGGGAAGGGGCAGCACACGACAAUUCGGCUCGUCGAUCUGGUCGUCGGAUUCUGCGAUGUCGCGACGGCACAAGUCGAAGAGAUUCAGCAGAAGAUGGUCGCCGUGCGGUCACUGAACCUGAAGGAUCUAGAAGAAGCCGUCUCACAAGUGCAACGAUUGAUCGGUAAAUUGGACGGACAGAUGCGAGCAUCGAACGUCGAAACACUCAUCGAAGCGUAUCAACCGUUCAUGAAAGAGACGGACGAGAAGCUUCAGAACGUGCAGAACGGACUGGCCGAUUUGAAAGCACGCGAGACGGAGCUGCGAGUGUAUCUCUGCGCCGGAGACAUGUCACUUCAGGCGAUUUUUGAGACGUUGGAUCAGGGAAUGAAAGUGCUCGCCGACGCCAUCAAGGUAUAAUUCGAAUGUGAUUUUGCUCCUACUUUCAUUUGACAUUUUCAGCAAGCUGCCGCCAAGUCGCGUGUACAAAGGGCCUCGUCUAUGGUCACACUUCCCACUUCGUCCGUAUCGCAGCGAUCACUGAGAGAAGGAGAGAUGCUGGCGAGAAAGUCGAUGGCUCUGAAGACGAGAGAUCUUCCCGUCGAAGAGCUCAAAAAAUUCUUCUCGCACUCGUCUUUCGGACUUCAACGUGAGAGAAAGAUGGUCGCCUCGCCGCUCACCACUUCGGUAUUCACUUUUCGAAUACUUCCCUUUUCAUAUUUUCUGUUUUAGAACACAUCGCCAACUCGAACAAUUCGACGUCGCAGUGGAGAGAAGAUGAGAGCGGCGGAGAGCCGGAAAGAGCGGACGGAAGAUUCGGGAGAACGAGCUCCGGCCACGCCUACCACCCCAGUCGUGACGCCGUCGACAGCGGCUCUCCGACGGGAAGUACUCGAUCUCUCGUCGCUCGUCGGAAGUCCCGUCUGA